GCGUGUGCAGUGUUGGGCUGGAACGGUGCCCGGUGUGGUUGACUAAUCAUUAUCAUCUGCAUAGCUACCUUCGUUUAUCUAUAUGUAGUCACUAGUCCAACGAGUCCAACAGCCAAGUGAGUGACCUACCUAAAACACGACUGAACGACUGUGUUGGGAACUGGUUUUUCUACUAUUAGUCAACGUUUAGUGUGUCGUGUCUUCGUAUUGUCUAGUCACAUUGGAAUUUACCAAAAGAGUUGGAACAACCAUGGUCCUAUCAUAUUUGACACCGUACAUCCGGCACAUUAUCGUGAUCGGUUUGGCAGCGGUGCUGUUUGUGGUUCUUUCCCGGGAACCGAAUAGUCAUUACAGCGAAACCAAUAUCAAGGAAGCUGCACCUGACGAGAAACAAGCGACGAGCGGCGAGAGGUUAUUCACAGACCAGGAACUGGCGGAGUAUGAUGGCCGCGAAGGAAGCAAGGGCUUGUAUCUGGUGAUACUUGGAUAUGUGUACGAUGUGCAGAAAGGAGUGAAGCAUUAUGGGCCCGGCGAGGCGUACAACAUGUUUGUGGGUCACGACGCCUCAAGGUCGUUCAUUUCCGGGGACUUCGAGGAGUACGAUCCGGAGAUGUCGGACGUGUCGUCGCUGACGGAUUCGGAAUUGAAGAGUAUCGUCAAGUGGAAGUCGUUCUACGAUGAGAACUACGUGUACAAAGGCAAGGUCGUUGGUCGGUACUUUGACGAGCGAGGAGAGCUGACCGAGUACCACAAGAUCGUUCUGAAGCGGGUGGCCAAGGCGGAGGAAGAGGAAGCUAAGCCAAAGCAGGAGUUCCCAUCGUGCAACGUUGAGUGGAAGCAGGAAACGGGGACGAAAGUUUGGUGUUCGUCCAGGAGCGGAGACGGCGUGGAACGAGGUUGGGUGGGAAAGCCUCGGAAGUACGUUGAACGCAAGGACGAGACACCGUACUGUGUGUGCGUGCCGGAUGAGGCAGAACAGGGGGAGACGUUAGUUCCUUUUGAAGAUUGCGAUCCAAUCAGUGAGAGCUGUUUGGUGAAGGAUUCGAAAUGAAGCGGU